UUUCCGGCAAUCUCUGGCCACCCCCAUUGGCUGGGCUGUCCCUCCCACUGGCCUUAGAGCCCCUCCCAUCCCCACUCCAGAUAAGGCCAGCCCAGGACUGCUUCACUGGGCAACAGGCAUUAGGGCUGGAAUGGGGCCGUCAGGCUCCCCAUGGCAGUGGGGGCUGCUGCUGCUGGGGCUGCUGCUCCCCCCUGCCACCCCCUUCUGGCUUUUCAAUGUGCUCUUCCCCCCGCACACCACGCCCAAGGCUGAGCUCAGUAACCACACACGGCCCGUCAUCCUCGUGCCUGGCUGCCUGGGGAAUCAGCUGGAGGCCAAGCUGGAUAAACCAGAUGUGGUGAACUGGAUGUGCUACCGCAAGACAGAGGACUUCUUCACCAUCUGGCUGGAUCUCAAUAUGUUCCUACCCCUUGGAGUGGACUGCUGGAUAGAUAACACCAGGGUUGUCUACAACCGCAGCUCUGGGCGUGUGUCCAAUGCCCCUGGUGUACAGAUUCGUGUCCCUGGCUUUGGGAAGACCUACUCUGUUGAGUACCUGGACAACAACAAGCUGGCAGGUUACAUGCACACACUGGUGCAGAAUCUGGUCAACAAUGGGUAUGUGCGGGAUGAGACAGUGCGGGCUGCCCCCUAUGACUGGCGGCUAGAGCCGAGUGAGUAUCUCUGCGGGCUUCGGGUAGGACAGAUGGGCCCUGACCCCAUCCAGUGCCCUGACUCCAUCCACCCUACUUCAGGCCAGCAGGAGGAAUACUACCAGAAGCUUGCUGGGCUGGUGGAAGAGAUGUACACUGCCUAUGGAAAGCCUGUCUUCCUCAUUGGUCACAGCCUUGGUUGCCUACACUUGCUCUAUUUCUUGCUGCGCCAGCCCCAGGCCUGGAAGGACCGCUUCAUUGAUGGAUUCAUCUCUCUAGGGGCUCCUUGGGGGGGCUCCAUCAAGCCCAUGCUGGUCUUGGCCUCAGGUGACAACCAGGGCAUCCCGAUCAUGUCCAGCAUCAAGCUGAGAGAGGAACAGCGCAUAACAACCACCUCCCCUUGGAUGUUUCCCUCCAGAGAGGCAUGGCCUGAGGACCAUGUGUUCAUUUCCACGCCCACCUUCAACUACACAGGCCGUGACUUGCAGCGCUUCUUUGCAGACUUGCACUUUGAGGACGGCUGGUACAUGUGGCUACAGUCACGUGACCUACUGGCAGGCCUCCCAGCACCUGGAGUGGAAGUAUACUGUCUGUAUGGCGUGGGCCUGCCCACACCCAACACCUACAUCUUUGACCAUGGCUUCCCCUACACAGACCCCGUGCGGAUACUCUAUGAAGAUGGUGAUGACACUGUGGCCACACGCAGCACUGAGCUCUGUGCCCGCUGGCAGAGCAGCCAGCCACAGCCUGUGCACCUGCUGCCUCUGCAUGGGACUCAGCACCUCAACAUGGUCUUCAGCAACCAGACACUGGAGCACAUCAAUGCCAUCCUGCUAGGUGCCUACCGACAUCGUACUCCCGCACCCCCACCUGCCAGCCCAGGGCCCCAGACCCCUGAAUAAAGACCCUCUUUUAAUCUCUGA